UUAAUACCGUUGCGCCUUAUUUGCUCGUUCGAGAGCGUUCCAAGUAGGUCGAUAAUAGUUGCGUAAUCCCUUCUUUUGAUUGCCUAGCGAUUGCGAGUGACGUAAAUAUUAUUGUAAGUCUCUGCUCCAGAAUCCGUGGAUGGUCCACCCCUUCAGGUAUAAGAACCCUUCCCUUCCCCCCUCUUCUUCCUCCUCUUCUCUUCCUCUUUUCGUCGCCGCCGAGAAGCUUUCGCCCUGCGUCCCUGUAGUUUCUUGUCCCCCAUGGCUGCCCUUACCCCCGAGGAGCGUGUCAUCCACGCCCGUUGCCGGGUCGCUGGCAUCGAGCCCGACGACGAUGAGUUCGGCAUGCGCCUGCCCCCUUGCGCGACCUGCACUCUCACGCUCGCCCGCGACGCCCGCCUCUUGGGCGACCCGACCACCACUAACGCGCAGGCCCUGCGCCGUCAAGCUGGCGCCCAUGCCUGCUACAUCGACCGCUCUCGCGAAGAUCCUUACAGCGCUUGCAAGCGCACUGCCGGUCAGCGCAUCUGCGAUCUGCCCGUUGACCUUGCCCCCCUUGGAGCUGAGCUCUAGGUGAGCUUCGCCAAUUGGGAGCUGGCUAAUGUCGAUGGCGUUAACACUGCUGUGGUCGCUACCCGCCAAGCCACACUCGCUACUGCGGCCGACGAGUUGUGGACCGCGUACAGCACCUACCACAUCGACCACGCCGACUUGAACGACAACCCUACCCCGCGCGCUAUUAUGCGGUGGUUGGUUGGCAAGCUCGUUGACGAGGGCUGGCGUGCCCCCCCCGACCUUGCCCGCCUAACCCUCGCAGACCCCUUGCCC